AUGAGUUGCUGCAACUGCCAGACUAGAAGAGGCCUGAAAAUAUGCUGUGCAGUCACAGCACUUCUCAUACUCGUGAUCGCCGCGGUUCUAAUCACUCUCUAUUUCACCAUUUUCAAGCCCAAAGAACCCAAAAUCGUCACACAAUUAGUCACCCUAGAGCACAUCAAACUCGUCCCCAUCCCCGGCCUCCUCCCCAUCCCCGUCUCGUUCCACUUAAACAUCACGCUCGGCCUCCUGGUCACCGUUCAUAAUCCAAACUACGGUAGCUUCAGAUACCAAAACAGCACCGCCUAUAUCACCUAUCGCGGGAUCCAGGCCGCCCAGGCUCCGAUCCACGAGGACAACAUCCCGGCUCGCGCCCAGCAUAACGUCAGCACAGAUGUGGUGGUUAUGGCUGACAAAGUUAUUUCUGAUACAAAUUUUCUGGCUGAUAUAUUCAAUGGGAGCUUGAACUUUUCAUCUUCUACCACGUUACAUGGCAAAGCAACCAUUUUCAAGAUCUUCAAGUUAAAAGCCACCACCUUUAGUACAUGUGACAUCUCAGUCUUUAUCAAAUAUCAGAAUGCAACUGCUGCCUGCAAAUCAAAGAUUCACUUAUGA